ACAUUAAUAAUUAUUGAAUUAAAACAGAGUAUUGAAACAUUAUAUCAACCUUCUUCUUCACUCAAAGGAGCGUCUAGCACGAAGUCUGCUGAGUCCUCUUCUCCAACAACUGGAUCAUUUGGAAAAGACCUAUAUAAUAUUGAGUUUACCACAGCUUGUGAAGCAAAAUCAGCAACUUGUCAUAUCACUCGUUACGAGGGUGUCAAAAGCAUUUUACAAACAUUACUAGCACGCAAAGCUGUUUCAAUGGCAACUGCUCGUUCAGUG